AUGCGGAGUUUGCAAUGUCUACUGGACAUCCGAGUGAAGAUGGAUAAUCAAGACUACAGCCCGGCUGGGAUAGUCCCAGGAGACUACAGCAAACGAGUGUAUCAAGGCGUGCGAGUGAAGCAUACAGUCAAAGAUCUACUGGCAGAAAAACGAUCCAGGCAGACAAGUAACUCAAGAUUUAACAGCAGUGUCAGCAACUCCCAGUCUCCAUUUGCUCAGAUGCCAGGCUCACCGGUGACGUCAGGUUACUACGGUGUCCGGAGAUCUUUCCUCUCGGACUCGGACUUCCACAGCCCUAAACAGCUCGCAAACGACGUGUGCACCUCCAGCUCGGGGGCCAAGCCCUUCGCCUGCGAGUCCCCCGCGGCGCCCGGCCCCGCGGGGCUCCUGGACGCCUACUUCCCCGAGCCUUACGCGGACCCCCGGCCCCCAGGGCUGCCCCCCAGCGCCGGCUCUCUGCUCGGCGCCUCGGCCCUGCCACCGCUCCUGCCGCCGCCCUUCCCGGGGGACCCCUCGCACUUGGUGCUGAGGGACUCAUGGGAGCAAACAGUGCCUGAUGGUCUCAGCCAGACAGACCUCGUGCCCACCGACACCCUGCAGACCCUGCCACCCAGCACAGGUUGCCUCUCCCAGAUGGAGUCAGGGAGCACCACCCAGCACAGGAGCUCAAGCUGGGGGUGCCCCCUAGCUGGGGCUCAGUCCUACUCACUGCACAUGCUGGAGGAUCUGUACCAUGUGCCAGGGUACCCGACACCACCCCCCUAUCCCUUCACCCCUUUCAUGGCGAUGUCCAACGAGCUGCCACACAAGGCCGUGCCCCUGUCCCCAGAAGAGGGCACAGACACCUCCAGCCUUCAGGACCCUUCUUCAUGGACCAAAGAAGAUGGGAGCUUGGCGUGGGGGUCAUACGAAUGCCGCAGAGCUUACUGAGGGGUGCACCAAAGGACUUCUCCUGUGCUUUUCUUGGAGCUGA